AAGCACAAGAAGAAACCACUCCACCCCGCCCUUUUCCUGCUGUUAUGCGGGUGUAUGCCCGGAUGUUGAUCGUUUCCGGGUGUGAGGCUGUUGCCAGUAGUAGGCUCGCCUGUCGUGGCCUGCUGUCCUCGUUGCAGGCCGUCAGUUGGUUCUCGACAGUGGAAUGGAGCUGGAAACGGAGGCGUUGUUGCAGGAGGCUCGUGAAAGCAUCGAGGCGGCGCGCACCUAUCGCCGGGAGCUGCAACAGCGCCUAAAGGGGCUGCACCUGGCGCGCCAGCAGGUCAAAAACAGUGCAACACUGACAAGGGAUGUUCUUCAGCAGCAUUUUAAUGAUUUAAAAGGGACCCUGAGGAAGUUGCUGGAUGAGCGUCUCGUGUCCUUGCUGCAGGAAGUGGACUCCAUAGAACAGGAAAGCAUCAAACCUUUGGAUGAGUGCCAGAAACUGAUAGAACACGGAGUCGGUACAGCGGAUGAACUCCUCCGGGAAGGAGAAAGUGCUAUUAACGGUGUUGCAGGGGAGGACUGUGACAAACUUAGCAACUUUACCAAAAAGGCAUUGCAUAUUCAGCUGGAUAGCUUGCCAGAAGUACCAUCAUUGGUUGAUGUGCCUUGUUUAUCUGCCCAGCUGGAUGACUCUCUUCUUACAAUAGUGAAAAGUCAGAUUUUCAACCAUGGAACAGUAGCGUCUCGACCACCAGUACAGAUAGAAGAACUUAUUGAGAAGCCUGGGGGUAUCCUAGUACGAUGGUGUAAGGUUGAUGAUGACUUCAUACCACAAGACUACAGGCUACAGUUUCGCAAAAGCACUGCCAGUCCCUUUGAAGAUGUAUACGUUGGCUCAGAGACCGAAUUUAUAGUGCUGCAUAUUGACCCCAAUGUCGAUUACCAAUUCAGGGUGUGUGCUCGAGGAGAUGGUCGACAGGAAUGGAGUCCGUGGAGUGUUUCUCAAACGGGUCUUUCCACAUUAGUCCCUCAUGAAUGGAUGCCUGGCUUUGAGGGCUACAGUCUGAGCAGCCGAAGAAACAUAGCACUUCGCAACGACUCUGAGUCGGGUGGGGUGUUGUACUCCAAGGCUCCAACCUACUAUUGUGGUCAGACACUGACAUUCCGAAUUGAAACAGUUGGCCAGCCGGACAAAAAAGACAGUAUAGGAGUUUGUGUGGAGCAGCACAACACCUGUGAUUCUUUGCAGCGAGAUAAAGCAGUGUGUGUUAGCACAAAUGGGGCUGUAUUUGUGAAUGGCAAAGAGAUGACAAACCAGUUGCCUCCGUUUACAUCAGGAUCAUCUGUGACGUUUGACAUGGAAGCUGUGAAUUUAGGUCCUUCCAAUAAUAAUGAAGGAGGGAACUUCAAACUCAGAGUAACGAUUAGCUCCAACAAUAGGGAAGUGGUCUUUGACUGGGUACUUGAUCAGUGCUGUGGUUCUCUAUAUUUUGGAUGCUCGUUCUUCCAUCCAGGCUGGAAAGUGCUAGUGUUCUAACUUUUAGUCUUUAAAACAGAGAUUAUGCUUUAAAUAGUAUGCCACUCUUCAGACUGUUGGACUCAGUGAUGCAAUGAUUUGCUAGUGAAGACUGUUUUUUUAAAAAAAGGCAAAGCUGUAUUUUAGCACACUGGUGUAAGUCUGUGCAGGAGUGAGCCCCUCAGUGAACAGUGAAACCUGUCUUUAUGUGAGGAAGAUUACUUGAACUCUGUCCACUUUACUGGUGAAACAUAGGGUAAUCGGGAAAAUUAGAUAGGCUUUUGUGGUUACUAUAAAAUUCAAAGUUUAGAGGCUUUUGUUUGCUUUUUUGUUUUGUUUUUUUUAAUUAAAGAAGAGUGUAUGUGGGGGGAACAUUAGAAUUGCUCCUAUUAUUGUGUUCCUGUCUUUAUACGGUUAUGCUUACUGAACAAAGCUAACUUUUGCCUAAUGCUGCUCUCUUGGCUCAGGGUUAAUGGACCAAAGACACAUGCAUAUCCUACCCACAAGAGCAAGGUACUUAAACAGUAAACUGUAGCUUGCCAUACUCUUGCCAAAUGCACCAAUAUAUAUAUAUUUUUAAUCAGUUUGGCAUCGGUGCUUUUGGCCUAUGUGUAUCUUUCUCCCUCUCUCAACAAUGAUGGGAGCAAAAUAGCAACAUCUGAGACAUUUUGUUUUGAUACACAAUAUCUCUAUCUCAACCUCUUACCCAUGUGCCUUAGUUCAGGUUAUUGGUGAACAGUGUGAUUGGAAAAUAAGCUUUCAGAAAUGACCGUGACGAGUUACAUGCCCUUGAAUUGUCAGCACUUUAAGUCAAGUGUUAUAAAAAGUGAUGCAUCUUGUGCCCUGUUAGCAAGAGGACACUACACAUUCCCAGCAGGAAUAUGUACAAAUUGGAUUGCGCAUUUUUGUUUUGAGCUCAACACAAAAUGCAGAUGGCCAAAAUUUUUUGUCAAAACAGCAGUCGAACUGAUUGUUUCAGUGGAACAAAACUCAAAACAUUUUGAGUGUUUUGACCAUAGGGAACAAUUGGGAAACUUGAAACACCUCAUUGUUUCCCAUGGGUAGCUUCUAGGAACACUAACAUAGGUUGGGUGAUAGGGCACGAUGAGUACUACAUACCUCCCAACCAACACAAAAAAUGGGUGGUGGGCAAUUCAACUAAUUUUUAACCUUUCCCCCCAAAGCUCCCUAUGGGGGUUUGGGGGAAAGAAGCACAAACCUUCCUAUGGGGGUUUGGGGGAAAGGUUAAAAAUUCUCCACUUGCCCUUUUAUUUUGUGGGUAGGGUGGUAGGUAACACUUAUAAUGCCCUACCACACAACUCCCUACCAACACAACUACCACACAACUCCCUAGGAGCUACCCAUGGGGAACAAUGAGUGCACACAAGUUUUGCAUUGCAAUUUACAAUGCAUUUUGUGACCCUGCCUUGCAAAGCACUGCAGAUUAGAAACACACAGGAAAAGAGAUUCUGUCCCUCCCAACCUGGAGAACACAUUUUUUCUAAACACAGUCCAGAAAUGGCCAAAAAAGAAUCGAUGACCCAGAAUCCACUGCCAGUCACAGUGCCAUCAUUGGCACAAGUUGCUCUCUCACUCAAAAUUAUGACUCCUUACUUCAGCAUUGCGACAGCUGCCACAGCAGCACCCUUAGCAGCAAGCAUAGCCAUAAGCUCAACCAGAGCAACAUCAGCCACAUUUUGACUUACACCUUGCCGUGCAGAUUGCAGAGCAGACCAGAUCAGGGAGUGAAGCACAAAUUAGUCUCAAAGCCAGAUAUGGAGCUCAUCACAGCAAUCACCAAGAAAUAUUACACACACCUGGCACUGUCCAUUUCUCUCCACAACACUAUUUCUCAAACAAAACAAAUAACAAAUUUGUAGGCAGGCAGGCACCCAAAUUCUGCCUUUGUCAACCUGAGAUCCAGCAAAACCAGACAGUUAUAGCAGCAAUAGCACAGCAUGUUAUACUCAGUGCUGAGAAAAGAAAACCACAAAGUCAAACCUUCCUGAUGUAUCCUCUUCAAAAGAGACACACUAUAGGGAUGUGCACGGAACCGGAAGGAGCUGGUUCGAAGGCAGGGGGGGUACCUUUAAGGGCAGGGGAGGGUGCACUUAUCCCUCUUGCUAUGUUUCCCCCGCCUGCGCAACAUGCGCACUGGGGAUACUUCCAGCCACUUCCCGUCCAAGGGGACGGGGCAUCAGGGAGGUACGCUACCACCCCAAUGGACUAUUUGAAAAUACAGCGCUGGUGAGGAAAACGUGGUGGGAGGGGUAAGAGCACCCUCCCCCGCCCUUAAAGGUAACCCCCCCGCCUUCGAACCAGCCAAACUGCCAGUCGUUCAAACCUGUUCAGAGGCCCAUAAAAGGGCCUCCGAACAGGUUCAUGCACAUUCCUAGCACACUAUAAAGGCUCUCUCUGCCUCCCAGUCCUUUUGAAUACAUUUUGAAAUUCCCUCCUUUUGAGCUUCCCCCUCCCUCCCCCUAACCAAUGGGGGCACAGUUGCCCGUUACAACACUUGAUUUGUAUGAUAAAAAGCCAAGGGAAAAUCAGGCCUCCAAAAUGGUGCUAGAAAUGUCAAAAUGUUUUGAAUCGAAAUUUGGUUUUGUUCCGAGCUCAGAACUGGCCCUUUAUUUAAAGGGCAUUUUGUUUUGAACUCAGAACAGUUGAAAUGGCCUGUUUCAAUUUGAAACAUUUUGAUGUCAAAACAUUUUGCACAUCCUUAAUUCCCAGAGAGAGUUCUGUGUUUAGGGCUAUUCACGAGUGGAAGAAAGUUCUGAGCAUUCUUUGGUAUAAAUCUCCAGUAAAUGGCAGCUUGAAAUAGUUAUUUUAAAGAGUUACUACAUCCUUCCUUAUUUAUGAAUUCAAAGAACAAUUUUGUAAUAGUUUAGUUAGUUGACAAGGACAGUAGUGGAUUCUGCAGUAAAUGAGGUACCAUAUAGCAAAGGACAUGUAAAUGCAUCCAUAGUGAAACACAAUCCACUAAUGUGUACAGGGUCUAUUUAGUUUUAAACAGGGAAUAGCUGCCAUGCAGUGCACACCUGCAACUUACGGAGUUUAGUAGGGGUGUGCAGUGAACCAGUCCAACACAAACUGGAUCGGCCUUCAGGAAAGGCAGGCCACUCUGAGAUCAAACCCAAUUGGCCCUGUGCCAUGGCAUACUGGUUUUCUGGUUCGAGCGGCUAUGUAUGUAAAAUCGGGGUAACAUUUAGGGUGGCUGGUGAGGACAAGAGCUGCAAGGCACCUUAAAAAGUAAAUGAGAAGUUGCUGCUAGUAUUUACCGGUGCAGUACUGCUCCUGGAAGCUGUAGCGGCACACACACACCCCAACCACAUGGCAGUGUGGCUCCUGGCACUCACUCAUCUGGCCUCCGCAAAUGCGUGGAGGCCAUCUGGAUGACCAUUGUGUGGCGCCUCACCUGGCCUCCACACCGUGUGAAGGUUCCAGGAGUGGUUCCAUGCCAGGAAGGACUAGCAGCACCUUCUCCUUUACUUGGAGAGGUGCCUCUUGCCGCCACCCCCUGCCCUCACUCGCUGCCCAAAGCUUGAUCCCAACUUUACAUACAUAGCAGCUCAAACUGCUUCGAGCUACUUUGGUUGGACCAAAUGGCUGGGCAGGUCAGUCGAAAUUCAGCCUAAUCUGCGGAAAACAGUCCACGCACACCUGAGUCACAAGCCUGGCCACCUAGCUUGCUUCAAUAACCAUGUGUGUUGAAUACCUCAUUUCAAAAGGGUUUCACUUAAGUGGUUAAUAACAGCACAAACCACAUGAAGGCUACUUCACAUAAUGGCUUCCUAUGGGCUAUGCUGCCCCAAUAACAUCAUAUUUAAUAUUACUUGCAUAGCCAGGGCCUCCCCAUAGCUGUUGGAAGCCAUGGCAAGGCUUUUGCCACAACGGUAUCCACAGUAUCCUGUGGGGGACGUGAGGUGAGAAAAGAUUGUUUAAAAAGCAAGAGGAAACAAACCCCCUUGUUAGAAGUCUCAACAAUCACAACGCUGUACUUGUACUAGACACUCAGGUGCUGGCACAGAGGUCCUAGUGGUUAGGGAACAAGGGAACAAUUCUUUCUGAAAGCACGAACAAGGGCUUCCUCAAAGCCAAUGGUGGCAGCUGCUUUACUGCAGGACAUAGUGCUUUUGUGGAGCUGAGCAUAGAACAGUGUGCAUUGAAAUUUUGAGCAUGAGCUUUUCUGUUUGCCUCAAGAUAUUCUGUAAAGUGGGGUCCACAGAUUUUUUAUUUUCUUAGUAUCAAGCCAUAUCAAAAUACUCCCUUCUGUUCAAUCAGCUUGCCUCAUUCUUUUGUUCUAAUAUAGGUUUAGAAGUCCCCAGGUUUUUCUGUCCAAGAAUGUCAAAAACAGACUGCUGUGCUGUUGGGCUUUCUAUCUCACUGGUCUAUCUGAAUUAAUACUUGAAAUAGUGUAAAAUGGAACAAGUGUAUAAAGUUGUGAGAUGGAAGUGCACAAAGCCAGUUCACUUUUAGCUCCAAAUAAUGUGCAUGCAGUGGGAAGCAGGAGAGGCUCAUAGCUCUUGCCCUGCUUGAAUAUUGUGUGAACAAGCUUUAUAUAUAUACCUUUUUGUAUAGGAGUACAACGUGCCUGAUGAUCUGGCUUGCUUCCCCAAAGGAGUGAGCAGAUUGCAAGUAUACUUUGCCUAUACAAAUAUGCACAAAGUCCUUGGUUCAUAGAAAAAUUCUUCAUUCAGUGAAAGGCAGAAGUCCCAUAGGUCAUCAGGUAUAAUGUGUACAGUCUAGAAUCAUCUGUUAACUAAACCUUUGCUUAAUAUCAGAAUAAAGCAGGACUUUUCCUGCAGAUUUUCAGCCCCAUCUUCAAUUCUUGAAACGUGAAGGAAUGCACUAAUUAUGUGUUGUCCCAGGUACUGCUCCUUUGUAAAAAUGUUGGCAUUCUAACUGCUUGCAGUCUGACUGCUUCUUCAGUGGAGAUGCACAAUGUCUUGAAUACUGGUUGGCUUGAAGAAGAAAAAACAGGGCAGCUUUGUGAACUAAUUGCUUGAAAAGAUAUUUGGCAAGUAUACAUAAAGCCAAAAACUUAAGAGGAAGCUGGCAAGCUACCAGUGCAAAGAUGCCUGCUAGUUGGAUUUUUGGAAGAUUUCUAAUGCUCCCUAACAAACCCACACUUAAUUGCUCAAAGUAUUCUUUCGAAGACACAGUGAUACUGAAAAGUGCUUAGAUGCAACUUGGGCUGGAAUUGUUUUAUGAAACUUGUAUGCAUUUACCUCAAGAUCCUUUUUCAUGACUGUUUAAUAAAAACUUGUCCAUA